CUUAAAACAUAUCCGGUAAAUCUUUGUCAUGGAGAAAGAAGAACUUCCUCUUUCUUCUAGAUUGUACCCGUGUAAUCUCUGCCAAGUCCUUAAAUUAAUAAAAUAUCCCUAUACACAUUAAGAUGGGUAGGGAGGACAAGGCAACAUGGAAAUCCAAUUAUUUUACAAAACUUGUCCAACUAUUGGAUGAUUAUCCUAAAUGUUUCAUUGUGGGUGCAGACAAUGUUGGUUCUAAACAAAUGCAACAAAUCCGUAUGUCUCUUCGUGGAAAUGCAGUUGUAUUAAUGGGAAAAAAUACUAUGAUGAGGAAAGCUAUCCGUGGUCAUAUUGAGCGUAAUGCAGCACUUGAGAAACUUCUUCCACAUAUUCGUGGAAAUGUUGGUUUUGUUUUUACCCGUGGAGAUUUAAUUGAAGUGAGAGACAAACUUUUAGAAAAUAAAGUCAGAGCACCAGCUAGAGCAGGUGCCAUUGCACCAUUGAGCGUAAUUAUUCCUGCUCAAAAUACUGGUCUUGGUCCUGAAAAAACCUCAUUCUUUCAAGCUUUGAGUAUUCCAACUAAAAUUUCUAAGGGUACUAUUGAAAUUAUUAAUGAUGUACAUAUUUUAAAACCAGGUGAUAAAGUAGGUGCAUCUGAAGCUACUCUUUUAAACAUGCUGAAUAUUUCUCCAUUUUCAUAUGGUUUACUUGUUGAACAAGUUUAUGAUUCUGGUACUAUUUUUGCACCUGAAAUUUUGGAUAUUAAACCAGAAGAUUUAUGUGAAAAAUUUAUGGCUGGAGUAGCAAAUUUAGCUGCAGUUUGCUUAGCUAUUGGUUAUCCAACAAUAGCUAGUGCACCUCACAGUAUUGCAAAUGGAUUCAAGAAUUUAUUGGCAAUAGCUGCUGUUACUGAUAUUGAAUUUCCAGAAGCAACUACAAUUAAAGAAUAUAUUAAAGAUCCAAGUAAAUUUGCAACCACUGUUUCUGUUGCUGCACCAGUUGUGUCUUCUACAGAAACACCUGCUGCAGAAAAGAAAGAAGAAAAGAAAGAAGAAUCUGAAUCAGAAGAUGAAGAUAUGGGAUUCGGUUUGUUUGACUAAAAUAUAAAUAUACAUACAUACAUGUAUGUAUUAUGAUAUGGCUAAAUUCACAAAUUUUUUAAAAUAUAAAAAUAUUGUAAUAAAAUAUGAUUUAUAAUA